AUGGGUGUUCCUAAGAAAGCAAAAUUAUCAAAGAAAGCAAAAAAAGGUUCUGACGAUGACUCAUAUCAGGAAGAAACAAAUGAUUUUUUAUCUGGAGACGAUAACAAAAAAAAGGUUAAGAAAUUAAAAAAAGAUAAUAAUGACGCGGAAAAAGACGUAAAACCUGAACAAAAAAAACUCUCAGGACAUCUAAAUAGACCUGGCCCUUCUGCGCUUGGAUCGAAAGAAUUACCCGAAGGAGAAGAAAAUUGUCUUCAAUUAUCAUCUAUCACUAGGGAAAAAGCACAAGAUCUUGUGAAACAACAUGGAGGAAGAGUCACAACUUCAAUAAGUAAAAAAACUAGCUUUGUUGUCGUUGGAGAAGAUGCUGGACCAGCGAAAUUAGAAAAGAUUAAGACACUCAAGAUCCCAACAUUAGAUGAAGAUGGACUUUUCAAUCUAAUCAGGGAAUCGCCUGGAAAUCCUGAACCAAGCUAUGCCGAAAGUUCUACUAAAGUCAGCAGUAGUAGAAAGGGUAAAGCAGCUGUAAAGUUUGUUCAAGAACCUAUUGGACAAUCAUCAUCAUCUGAAACAACUGAUUCGAAGCACCUAAUAUGGGCUGAUAGGUAUCGGCCUACCUCUCUCGAGGAAUUAUGCGGAAAUAAUACUUCUAUAAAAACUUUGAAAACAUGGUUGCAUGACUGGGAAACGAAUUUCAAAUUAGGUUUUAAAUGUAAAACCAAUGGUAAAUAUCCUGCUGUGUUGAUAUCCGGUCCGCCAGGAAUUGGAAAGACAACUGCUGCUCAUCUUGUUGGUAAACAUGAAGGCUAUGACAUUAAAGAAUUCAACGCUAGUGACGUUCGCAAUAAAAAGACCUUGAAUUUGACUAUCAGGAUUGCCACCGGCAACAUGUCUAUUGCUAGUUUUUAUAAUUCAAAUGAUACAAAUGAUGCUACUGUGACUGCUAGCUCAUCGUCAAAAAAUAAGAAAGGAAAAGCGAAAGAGGAGCCUAAACCACCACAUACCAACCGAACUUUAAUAAUCAUGGAUGAAGUUGAUGGAAUGUCAUCUGGAGAUAGGGGUGGUGCUCAGGAACCACGCGUUGAACAAAUACGAGCAAGAAUUCUAUCGAUUGCAUCCAAUGAAAAUUUGAAAAUUAAUGGUAAUGUAGUUGAUGAAAUCAUCAAAGGAACAACCACGGAUAUACGUCAAGUCAUGAAUUUAUUAUCAUGUUGGAAACUUUCAGAAGAUAGCAUUGAUUAUAAUCAAGGAAAACAACUAAUAAAGAACUCGGAAAAGGAUAUAGUCUUAAAUAUUUGGGAUGUGGCAGUAAAAUUAUUGGAUCCAGUCACCUGGUCAUCUAGAAACGAAGUCUCAUUAAAUGAGAAGUUGAAUCUUUAUUUUCAUGAUCCAGAUUUGACACCCUUGAUGAUACAGGUUUUUUCGGUUUUUUUUUCCAGAGAUGUUGCUAGUAAGGAAUUCAUUGAUAAAAAUAAGGAUAAGAAUGUCGAUCCAGAACUUCUUGAAGAAUUUGCAGUGAUAAAUAGUUUAAGCAAGGCUGCUAGCUUCAUAUCUGAAGGAGAUUUAAUUGGCGGAAUGAUACAUGGAUCCCAACAACGAUGGUCCUUGAUGCCUUUUCACGGUAUGGCAUCAACUGUAAUACCUAGUUAUUAUUCUUGUGGUAGAGGUGGUGGUCUUUAUCAAUUCCCUAGUUGGUUAGGACAAAAUAGCAAAGCACUGAAACAUAAAAAAAUAUUGAAAAGUAUUCAAAGCAAAUUAAGAUUAAAAUGUAAUGCCAAUAAAGACGAAAUUAUUCUAGAUUAUAUUCCUGCCUUGCUUACAAAAAUAUAUUACCCUUUAAUUGGUGAUAAUGAGGAUAUUCAAAAAGUGAUUGAUUGCUUAGAUGAAUAUAAUUUAACAAAAGAGGAUUGGGAAUCCAUUAUCAGAUUGGACAACAAAUUACCAAAGGAGUUGGCAGCAACCCAGCAGAUCGAACUCAGUAUUAAAUGUGUUAAACCUUUGAGUGCGUCAGAUUUUCUCUUGCUUUAUAUCCAACAUGAAAAUAAAGACUUUUAUUUAUCAGAUCGUGAAAAAAUAAGUGUUAAUAGUGGUAGCAAUAAUGACAAUGACAAUGAUAAUGAAAAUAUUUAA